GCGGAGCCACCACAUAUUUAUUCAGAGGGUCGCUCGCGGCAUCCCUUAUUCGAGUAGACUAUGGCAGGGCCGUUUCUAACGUCUCUCCACGGUGAUCUUUUAUCAGAAUACGUGUUCGGAAGGAGAAGACAGAGACGGAAUAGAACGACUUUUACCCCACAGCAAUUGACCGAACUAGAAUCUUUAUUUCAGAAGACUCACUAUCCUGAUGUUUUUCUCCGGGAGGAAGUCGCUCUAAGAAUUAACUUGUCCGAAGCACGAGUGCAAGUAUGGUUUCAAAAUCGACGCGCAAAAUGGCGGAAGCAGGCGCGACUACAACUAUUGCAAGAUGCGUGGAGGAUACGUUGCUUGGGAUUAUCGACACCACCCCUACUAAUGGGACCGGGGAGUCAUCGUCCAAGUGCCAUAGAUGCUGGACAUUCAAAUAACCUGAAAAUUCCAACUAGUGAUAACCCUGACUUUCGGCUGAUGCAAUGCUUACACAUGAGCAGCGAUAAACCGGGCACUAUGAUCUCUCCUGCACCAGGUGCGGCGGCUCUCUGCCCUUGCAACCUCUCUAGUCCGGCUGAAAAAUCCCCUCAAUCUGCAGAUUGUCCGUCGUUUCACCGAAAAAUAUCACCCACUGAACGCACAUCUUCACCGACCAGUCCUAUGACCUCAUUAACAGAGUCAAGUAGCACUAUGGAACAUCACAACAGCAAAGAAGUGCAGCGAGGGCCCGAAAACCUAAUUAAAAAUAUGGACGGCUCCAAUAACAAUGAGGGAAAGUGACCUGUUUCAAUGUAAAUUAUUUUUGUUCGAACUGAACUUAAUUCCUUGUGUAGGUAGUUCCGAAAUACGCCUCAACACAGUAGAGCAAAGCCUAGUUCCCACUGUCGUGAAAGAGCUUCAAAAGAUGAGUAUAAUUUACGCGUGAAGGUAUUUAAGAGAGCAAGUCGACAUUUUGUUGUGCACUGAAAAAAAAAGCUCGGUGUAUUUACGAAGAGAAGGGUAAAAUUACCAAGAAGUCAGGGCUCUAU